AUCUCGGGGCUGAGUGAAUUGGUAUACGAAUUGCGAAAAGCUCAGCAUUUCAUUUCAAUUUCCAAGCAUGGAUAAGAAGAAGAAGCAGCAGCACACAACAGAGAACAAACCAAAACAGCAAUCGACCAUGGAGAAGAAGAAGAAGAAGAAGAAGAAGAAGCAACAGCAGAAUGAGAAUCACAAGAGCAAGAGCAUUCACGAUAUUCUCCCUCUUGAGCUGAUUCACAGAAUCUUACUUAGGGUUCCGCUCAAACAACUCGGUCGCCUCAAGUGCGUUUCGAAGAUUUGGAACACUCUCAUUUCCGAUCCCGACUUUGCGAAAUCGCAUGUUCACCUCUCUGCCGCAUCCACCCAUGUAUGCCUCUUCAUAGAUGACUACUCUAAGGCUUUCUCCGUUGACAUUGACGCAGUAUUUCACCGCCACAAGAGUUCUACUGCAGUAAAAGAGGAAAGGAGUUUCUCAACCAUAUCUAUGCCUGAACAAGUGAUGGGUUAUCUCAAUCCCACUCAUCUCGUCCUACUAGGAGGCUGCCUGGCCUUGUAUUCUUAUGAUCGCGAUAAAACUAACAUAUGGGUGAUGAAAGAAUACAAAGUGCAUUCAUCUUGGACUUUCUAUCAGAUUUCUGGUGGUGGUGAACAGUCUGCGCCUCUGUGCUUAUCCAAUGGUAGUGACAUUGUUGCACUAGAUUCUAGUCUGAAAUUUAUAGAUAGCUACUUAAGGUUUGCCAAAUCUAAUGUCAGAGGAGAGCUCCUCCAACUCAAAUGUUUUGAUUGCCGUCAUCUGGGACAUUUUAAAGGUUGGUCUCGUCGGUUGUGUAAGGACCGCACAAGCUACAUUGUAUACACAGAGAGUCUGGUGCCAGUCCCUAAUGAGAUUAAGGAUAAGGAUAAGGAUAAGCAGAAGAAUAAUGGCCAUCAGAAUCAGAAGAACGAUGUCAAACAAGGAAAGAGAACUAGGAGCGAAUGACUCAACAACAGAGACACUUAAUUAUGUUGUAAAUAAAGUGUAGUAUUGGCAAGUUUAGCUGGAAGAAGCUUCGAGAGAAUUUUGUUUUAUUUUUGCUUUUGCAUUAAAGUUUGAUUUCCCUUCCAACUAUGAAUGCCAAAAAGUGGAACAUUUGAAAGUGCAGAUAGAGUUUCCUCUAGUUAAAUCAAAUCUCUUAUAUUAUCUGCUUUAUCUUUAUUCAAUAUUGCCUUGGUUGAGUUAUAAUGUCUGCACAGAAUA